UCUAUCCUGACUCGGACACAGAGUGCAAAAACGGAGCCCUCGCCCUCGCCUGUGCAUGUGUCCAUGCAAAAAUCAAGUCACCUUCCUCGUGUACUCACCGCCACAGCCAGAGGUCUGGGCCACUGGAGCAAGUUCAAGGCACAGAUCCCAAUGCUCUUUGAAAUCAUAGGGACGCUUGACUCGGCAGUAGUGGCGGGACCACUUGGCUCCAGAGAGUUCAGUGUUCAGGCAGGAGAUGGAGCACUGCGCUGCCUCUACUGGGAGAUUGACACAACCCUCCCUCAUCUGGUCAGAGGGAAACCCAUUAGAGUGGUUGGAGGCUGGGACGAGAAGCAGGAGUGGCUCAAGUGCCACAGUGUGCGUGAGGCCACCCAGGACGAGGUGCAGACAGCGGGGGACAUGGUGACUCUGUGUGAUGCUGCCAUGAGAGAGACACUGGCUACCACCCCAGAGAUGUGACACCCCUGCUUCACCAU